AUGGCGGCAGAUGACGCUCACCAAGGGCUGGUGGCGGGCACGCAACGAAAACUGGUGCGGCAGGCAGGCCACGCCAUGGGCGACAACGCGAUACAGGACCGAUGGAGCGAAUCCACGACCAGACGUGCAGACACCUCACCGGCCGGCGGGCAGCACGAGCCGCACACCGCGGAGCAGAUACCAGAGCCCGUCCGCCAGGCCCUAGCCAACGACCGGCCCUGA